UAUAUGAUAAAGGUAAGAGCGCUGGGGCCCCUCGCUCCCAUAUCUGCACCCAUUGUCCAGAGAGAAAGUCUGCAGCACUUUAAGGGUUUCACGAAAAACACUGGAACAAAUCUGUGAAUUUAAAGGAUCUUCAUUUGACACAGUUUUCACUGACAUCUAAGCUCCUGAUUCAACACCGAGAACUGAGAGAAGAAAAAGAAGAAGCAGAAGCUGUAGAAGAAGAAUCUAUCUGACAGAGGAAUUAAAACCAACCAUGACCACCAAGAUGGAAACGCUCGAUCCUUCAGCCCUGUCAGAUGUCGCAUCUACUGUCACCUAUGACCCAAAAUCAGAGACAGUGACCUUACCGGGAGGGGUCGUCUCAGUGGCGGGCAUCGCCGUGAUGACCGGGGGCGUUGAGCUGUCCUGUGGAUCCUGUAUGCUGGCCUUUGGGUUUUGGGGGACUCUCAUCGGAAUUAGUUGCGUAGCUGUGGGGCUGUGGGACCAGCUGAACCACUUUAGAGAGGGAACCUCUCACUUACUGGCACUGGGAUUUGUGAUUCUGGCCCUCAGUUUAGCGGUGGUGGGAGGCGUGGUGGCAUUUUACCUCCUGACGAAGAAGAAGAGAGAGAUGGCGUGUGAGGCAAGACAGGAUGGGAAAGAGGUUCUGGUAGAGAGUGAGAGGGUGAUUAAAAAAGUCACUGUGUAGAGAAAGAAAUGAUGUCCGAGUGUUAGAAGAGAAACUGAAUUCUGCUUCAACUGUAAACAACACACAUACUCACACUGAGCUGAAAAAACAGAGAAACAUUCCCCCCGUGCCUCUUCUACAAAACAAGCUCCCUCCACAUCAGUGCCUGUCUACAACAGCUGUUCCUCCCUGUAACUUUCCAUCUAACUCAUAUUCAACUGUCACCAACAGCCAUAGUAACUAGUUUCAAUGAUUAUCAAGAUUUUACAUAUAAAAUAUUGUGAAUUUUGUGUGUCAUUUGUUGCAUUGUAUAAUAUAAUACUGUGUAGGUGGCCAAUCUGCUGCCUGAUGAAUACUAUAUUUUUUAUGCUUUUAAGUACAUUGUGCUGAUUGUACUCCUGUGCUUACUUUUACUUAAAAUUAUGAGUACCGGGCAUUGACGUGUAGUGUUUGUAUAUUGAGGUAUUGUAUACAUUCAUGCAGUUGCAAUUCUUCCAGGAUAUCUGUAUUUUCUUUCAUUCUCUCAACUGACUGAUGUUGUAUGUUAAAAGUGAACCACAUAUAAAAUGUUUGGUGUGUGAGGGAGAGAGAGUAAGUAAGUAAUAUAGAGGGCAUGGAAGAGGGCAAAGUGCACAGAUAAUAAAGAGGGACAUUAUUAAAGAACACAGAAGUCUGUUAGACAUAGAGACCUUCCCAUUUCCUCCUGGUGGUAUCGAGCCACGCAGAUGUUUUUCAUUUGUGGCAGAGGUUUUGAGAUAGCUGUUGUAUCCUGUUGCAACUGCAGCACAAUACACUGGAUGGGAACCAUUUAUAUUUGCACUGAAAAAUAUGACAUUUAAAAAAAAACAAACAACUGUCUACAAACUAAAAUAAUGUCUGGUUAUGGAAGAUAUUACAUAAACCCCACUGACAACAUUAUUUAUUGGAUCAACUGGAUAAAAAAUGUCGACAGUGAGAUCUGUGGAACACAAGCUGUUCUUGGGUUUUAUGAACAUCAUUCUUUUAAAAGCUUUGAGCACCACUGAUUUCAUUCACCUCCACUGUACUGCAUGAAUGCAUGUCAAAGGCCGCUAUCUUCAAACCCAUCAAAUCAUCUCUGCCCUCAACAUGUGUGUAAGUGCAUAGGUAAAUAAGCCAAACAUAUAAAAGUUGAAGGACUGACAGUUGAGGUUUGCACUGGGAGCAACUGUGAGGCUGUGAAAACAUCAUUGGAUUAAACAUGAAAUUCAGUGAUAGUGUUAAUCGAAAAAAGUGGAUGUACUGUAUCUUGAGAGAUUCUGACUCACCACUAUAGGGCAGCACAGGUGUUACUAACAACAUUAAAGAUGGCUCAGUUGUAUCUUGGUGUAUCAGUAAGAGAUGGUGUGAUAGUUGUGAAUUCAAUUCAUUAUUUACACCGGAGCUUUUCCUUAUGUGGAACAUCAAAAUGAAAGUGAAAAGGACCUUUUGGUUAGCCUGCAUUGUCCCUUGUUCCAGCAAGAAACUAGAAGUAUUAAGUUUUACCAGUGACAGAACAAGUCUACAUGGAAAGUACAACAUAUUAAAACAGUGUUGUAAAAAAGUACACACAGAUCAUACUUGAGUUAAAGUAAUGAUACUGUGAAAUACUACUUUUGAAAGUGAAAGUCAGCCAUGAGAAUAGUCCUUGUUAAAUGUAAAAGCGCAUUUAUGGCAAAAAAAUGUACUAAAAGUAAAGGCAAAAGUAGAUAACACAUAUAUUUACAUGUAUUUGUAUACUGUAUACUCUUGCAUGGGCUGAAUAUUGACCUGUCAAACUCAAUACUGAGCUUUUUAUGUUAUCAUCAGAAUCAAUGUUUUUUAAUCUGAUUGCUGAUAAAUAAUGAUAAUAAUAAUUACUUACUAGUUUGACUCUGAUGCAGCAUGCAAUCUUUAAAGUUAGUUACAAAGGUUAUCACAUACAUUUUUCUCCUAAAUGUCGUGGAGUGGAAGUAAAAUAUAGCAUGGAAAUACGCUAGUACCUCAAAACUGUGCUGAAUUAACGUACUUCAGGAAAUGUACUUUGUUACAUCCAUCACUGCAAGGGGAGAAAUGUAUAAGUAGGAUUGCAGCACCAACAACCAGUAUUAGUUGUUCUGGACACCAUCAACAUGUUCAGAAAGAACAGGAAGGAGAAGGGUGGUGAAAUGUGUCAGUACCUCCAUCUGCUGGAGUCCAAAUGCAGUGUAACCUCAGACUCCAAUGACUUUCCUCACUGUGAUUUUCAGUAAAUGCCAUUUUCUCACAGUUACUAACAUCACUGUGUGAAAUAACUGCCUCCACCUUUCUUUUAAGCUGUUUUUAAAUGUAUGAAUACAUUUUUUAAAGCAUGUUUUUUUAAUGGAAUAAAGCAAGAGGGAUAGGCACUGAUGACCCUGAUGUUAGAAAACAUGCAUGGAAAACUGUUAGAGCUGAAAUAUUCAUAAAAAAUAGAAAUUACACAAAAAGCGUGUCCCAUUAAACUAGUGUCAGAAGACAUUGUGGUAUUCAUGUUUAGUCAAUAGGUCAAAUGACCUGGAAGCUAUUUUAGAUGUAUCCCUAUGCAAAGUAAUGGGAUGGAUCAGAGGUGAAUUCUUUAUACUUAUAUUUUAUUUUGUCAAAUAAAAUCCUUCAAAGGUUCUAUCAUUGCAUCUUCUUCCUGAUAUCUUACUCUAUCAGAGGUACAUAGGUUACAUUUCACUACAGCAAUGUGGAAAAAUCUCACCUCAAAAUCACCUCCAAAAUGAAUAAAUACAUGAAUAAACUCUAUUUACAGUAUUCUGAGUUUUGACCUUAUGUUAAAUCAGUUCCUUCACAGGUUAGCUCAUCAUUGCAUCUUCUUCCUGAUGCCUUACUGUGUCACAGGUACACAUUUGGUUACAUUUCACUUGCAGCAAUGUGGAAAUGCAGGCUUAGAGGUAGUAAACUGACUCCAGUCAAUGAAUGAGGGUGAGAUCUAAGAUAUUCCUGAAAAACAGAAAUUCCACCAAAAUCCAAUAACAACAGGUGUGGCUCAACUAGCAACCAAAGACAUUAGAGGUGAAAUGUGACAAAGUGUCAAAUCAAAUGUUCAGUUUCCAAAAAAGUCCCUCCAGGAGGUGUUUAUGAGCGUGUUUCUGACCGUCUGGAGUCCACUGGUACUCAUUUGUAGUGACAAUUUUUCUAAAUGUUCACAAAGUUUGACUUGGACGGAGGCAUACAAAGUGAAUGCAUACAUUAAGGCUUAGACUUAAGAUAUUCAUGAAAAUUAAAAUUCCACCAAAAUCCAAUAAAAUCAGGUGUAUCUAAUUUACACUGUGGCAUUGAGUUUGAGUCAAUGGGUCAAAUGACUUGGAAGCUAUUGAAAAAAUGGCGGAUGCUUUUAUGAAACAUUGGCAUUUUUCUUCACAAUAUUCAUGACAAAUUUAAAUUCAUUGACUAAGUCAAGCACUUGGCCCAUUC